GGAGCUGCCAGUGCGCGUGCGCCAUCAGUUGCUGCGUCUGGUUUUUUUUUUUGCCGCAGAAGCAGCGCGAGUCGAAGGAGCGAACGAAUCCAUGACCUUACCCACAGUUUAACUAUGCAGUCCUGUCAGCUCCACAGAAAGGGAAAAUACACAAAAGAUGAGAUCUGCACAGUACCCAACCCCAGCAGAAUUGGAUGCGUAUGCUAAGAAAGUUGCCAACAACCCACUGACUAUAAAAAUCUUCCCAAACAGCGUCAAAGUACCACAAAGGAAGCAUCUUCGUCGUACAGUGAAUGGUUUAGACACUUCGGGCCAGAGAUUUAGUCCUUACCCUUCGCAAGCCGGUUCUAACCGUGGUUUACUCGCAAUAGUCAAGCUGCCCACCAAGAGGAUAGUGAAGGACUUUGACGGAACCCGGGUGAGGUUGCUGCCAGACGUCGCCAUGAACCCCCCGUCCGCACCAUACCCUGCACCUAGCACUUUAACCCACCCGCAAAACACGCUGCUGCAACCUGGUUUACAUGGAUACCGCAAGAUGCGCCCAGACGGGGAUGCCCCUCCCAACGUCACGGUGUCUACCUCAACCAUUCCACUCUCCAUGGUUGCCAACCUGCAGCAGAACAGGCCCUCUGACCUGAACAGCAUUGUGCACCAGAUCUACCAGAUGUGCCAGACCAGUGCCGGACUCACCACUACCUCAGUCUGUGAGGGACAGAUCGCCAACCCCAGUCCCAUCAGCCGCAACGUGCUGAUCCACGCCAGCUCCCGGGUGUCGGGCCACGCUGCACCGUCUCACCUGCCCCCCUGCAUCGUCAACCCCGGGGACCCGACCGUUGCCAUGACAUCCCUUGCCCCGGGGAGCGUCGCUAUGGGCAAUGUGAACAGGAUGCCAAUGGUUUACCAGAGUGACAUAGAUUCUACCACGUGGCAUCAGCACCAGCUGGCACAGCUGCAGCACAUGAGCAGAGACACUGCAGGUCACCAGGGUAAGCUCCAGAGGGAGGUCACUGGAGCCGGAUUCCCCGGCAAGACACUGAGCUACCCUGCGGAGCUGUGCCUCGUCCAGCCUUACAACCUGAAGGUCCCCGGAGAUAAGUUGUCGCCGUCACCCCCAGUCAACGGGAUGCAGGGGGCUCUGUCCUACUCCAACGGGCAGUAUUUCCAGCCAAUAUGGAACAACAUCCUUCCGACUCCCAACAGCGACAGCUCGGGGUCCCAGGACCUGGGAAUGGUGUUUCAUGGAGGAGCUUCGGGGCCAGUAGACUGCGUGGCAGGGACUCACUUCCGAACCGGAGCUGGUUCCUCCGGCCAGACGAAUGUCCUGCAGACGGUGGAGUACCUGGGUGCAGACUACCAGAACUCCUGCUUUAGAGACCAGACUAUGGGUAUGCUGGGCAAGGUCCACAGGUUGCCCAUCAGCCGAGGCCCAGAACCAAAUGUUAAUCAGAGUAGUCACAUCCACCAUCCCGUGUACAGAUGAGAUAGUGUUGAGUGGAUCAGGCUCUCAAGUAGUCUUAACAUCAAUUUUCGAUAAUGUUCUUUUGUGUUGUUGCCUUUUGAUUGCCAAACUUGUCAGUGAUUUUCAUUUAGUUUUUUUGGAGGGUUGAGGAAAGAUUGAUGCAAACAUCUUACUUUGAGGGAGGAUAUUUUACAGAAAUUAGGGUCUGUAGGUCUACCCUAAUGCACAGAUCAGAACAGAUCAGAAACCAGUUUCAGUGACAGUAUUUGAGAGGUCAAAAUGCAAAGCGUGCACAUUCUUGCAAUCACAGCUGCACACCAACAUCUUUGAUUUAAAGUGAGUUGUGAAAAACAGAUGGCAAGCAGCCAUGAAAAUAUCUGGCAUAUGUGCACCAGGCCUUCAGUCGCAUUUAGGGGGUUGGUGCCAAGGUGCCAGAAUGUCCCCAUUAACAGUUUUCACCAGAGAGAGAUGGGGGGUCUGCUUGUCACCUUGUGUUGCUCCAGCAAACCCUAUCUGAAUUUUUGAGUAAAACCUUAAGUGCUGGAGUAACUCAGUGGGUCAUGCAGCAUCUGUGGAGGGAACAGAUAGGUGAUGUUUCAGGUAGGGACCCUUCUUCAGAUGGAAUUUUUGGGUGUGUUACCAAUUGGCUGUGGGUAAUCUGAGUUUGACUUCACGGUUUUGUGGUCCGACCUCAUCCCUUUCCUCUCGUGCCUCAUUCACUGCAGGCUUGCUGCAGUCUUUCUAAUCUGUGAACUACAGAGCUCUGUUUAACCCUGAUGGAUGAUUCAAUUGCAAAGCUCUCACCAUGAGGGAAAAUUGUUCAGCGUGAAAUUCAUGGGCCAAGCAGUGACAGAUUGCAAGCUCAUUUAAAUCCGUAGAGUUACAUUUAUUUUCUCGCUGUAGAUCAAAAUGUAAGCAUAGUUCCAAAGCAGGAGGAGCUGUCCCCACAGAUAACAUUGCAGUCUGGCUAUUAUGCUAAUUUAUUUUAAAGCCCUUUUGCUUUUUCCUCCUCUGGGUCUCUGUGCAUCAUGAUUGCUUUAGUGGCAAGAGCCAGAGGACAUAUAAAGAGAUUAGGCGAGAGAGUGCAUGAGUUCCUGGUGAGAGAGUAUUAUGUGGAGUCAAAGAAGCUUUGCCAGGAGGUGUUCAGCACAUCUUGUCUGUGCCUGUCCCAUGGUGCAAUCCUUACCUAUUUUAUUCUCUGCUCUUUCCCUGUGGCCCAGCAUUUGAGACCUUGGCACUGAUAUAACACAGUGAUAUAGGAUAGUUCUGCAGGUUCGUAGUGAUGCGGGGAGGUCAUAAGGUCAUAAAUGGUAGGAGCAGAAUUAGGCCAUUUUUGCUCAUCAGGUUUACUCCGCCAUUCAAACAUGGCUGAUCUAUCUCUCCCUCCGAACCGCAUUCUAUUGCCUUCUCUCCAUAACCCCUGACACCCGUACUAAUCAAGAAUCUAUCUAUCUCUGCCAUAAAAAUAUCCAUUGACUUGGCCUCCACAACCUUCUGUUGCAAAUAAUACCUUAGAUUCACCACCCUUGACCAUUGACCCAAUGCAAACUGCUGGUAUAACCCCCUCCUUGCACCUUUUCCCACCAUUGUCACAAUUCUUUAAGCAGCUGGUGGCUGUGAGGAGGCAUCACUUGGUCUGCGUAGGAGGAAUAUGUGUUAAGAGUGAAGCUGUCCAAUUGUUGUAGUGUCUAUUGGGGACAGAUUGCAGUGCGAUGACCUAGUCCUGUGUACACCUCCAGUUCUACUCCUGUGUAGCCCAGGUUUGCUUUUAGAAGCGACCCAGUGAACCACGCUAUUGCAUCAAAACCGACAUGAAGGCAGCAGACCAGCACCUUCUCGUGGGACCUGAGAAUGGGCCUGUCAGUCAUUUCCAUGUCAGGGUGAUUUUGUUUGUUAAUCCUUUUAUUUAAAUCUGAAACUGUGUUCUGAAUCAUUAUUACAGUUACGUGCAAUCACGUUUUUCUGUGGAUGAUAAAUGAGUCUCUCUUCAAUUAUGAAUCUUUCAAGAUUGACGAGGGGCUUUGGGUGCACAGAUUCCAGGUUUGAUCUGUUAAAGUGUUGGAAAUGUUCAGGUCAGGCAGGAUCUUGGAGAGAAAUUUUACAAAAGGUAAUCAACUGGGAAGGUUAACCAUGUCACUGUCGCUGCAGAUGCUGCCUGCCCUGCUGAGUAUGGGUUUUAUUUCACACGUCCAUUUUACUGAUGGGUCUAGUUUUGAUCUCGGUUGUAUCAGAUGCCACAGUUCAUUUUGCAAUAGUUGUUCUCAGCCAGUAUUCCUCUUCUAGUUGCUCAUCAGAGACACCUGCUGGUGAGAACUGGGGCUUUGACUGUUUUAUACUUAACUGUGAUGCCUGAGACACUUUGCUGUGUAGACCAGGAGGAGCAGAGCAACCACUGUAUAUUAGAAUAUCGGCCAGCGCCAUUGCCUUCAAAUACCAACUUACAUUUAUUUCAACAAAGGGAGAAAUUUGAGGCGAGCGUUU